AUGAGUACACUAAAAUUAUCGAAUACUAAAGUUCAGAGCACAACAUACGAGGCGGCUAGUAGUAAAUUUUCUGCUGUUCAGUUAGGGUACUACGAUGACCCGUUCUUGAAAUAUUUUGUAAAAAAAAUAGAGAAGAGAAGUCCUCUAAUAAAUAGAGGUUAUUAUUCCCGUGUUGCAGCUUUGAGAAAAUAUAUUGAGCUUUUUUUUAAGUCAUUUGACAAUGCGCAACCUGUUCAAGUAGUGAACAUCGGCGCAGGUUUAGACACUACCUUUUUUUGGGCUUGCGAACAAGGCAAAAACGUGAAAUACUACGAAAUUGAUUUCUUUGAAUUAUUACAUGAAAAAACGAGCAUAAUAAAGAAUGUCGAACUAUUAAAAAAAUUUUUAAAAUAUGAUGAGAAAUGUAAAGAAAACGAAGAAGGAGAUGUUAUCAAUUGUGAGAAUUAUAAAAUGCUUUCUUUCGAUUUAAAUAAUUCCAUAUGUUUGGAAAAUAUUUUAACAAGUCAUGGGUUUGAUUUUAGAUUACCCACCCUUUUUAUAUGUGAAUGUGUUCUCAUAUAUUUAGAAGUCGAAAACAGUGAUCAUUUGAUAAAAAAGUUAAGUGAAAUUAUGCAAAAUACUUCCUGCAUAAUUGUGUACGAACAGAUUAACCCAAGUACGGCAUUUGGAAAGGUAAUGAUAGACAAUUUUAGCCAAAGAGGCAUAAAAUUAAAAAGUAUUUAUAAGUACAACAAUUUAGAUUUACAACUGAAAAGGUUUAAAACACUAGGUUGGCUUAAUGUGUAUAUAAAUGACAUGAAUGAAAUAUAUGAUUACCACAUAAGUACAGAGGAAAGAAAGAUGGUUGAGAAACUAGAAAUGUUUGACGAGUUUGAAGAAUGGAAGCUGUUACAAAAUCAUUAUUUCAUACUUGUUGCAUUCAACUGUCACAAUAAUUUAAACUUAAAUGAGUUAAAUGAUUUUUUAAAAGUAAAAAAAAAAAGGAAAGAGGAGGCCUACAUUAAAUAG